UUGGCCACGUACAUAAACCACCAGUGGGACUUCAGACUCUGCAGAUUUAACCUCCUGUCCAUUACUCCCGGGACUACAGUACAUAUGUUGUAACCCAGGAGGACCAAUCAUGACGCUGGUAUCUUGGAUGAGACGGAUGGUCAACAAAAACCUUGUGAAAGGCUGCAUCGUCCUUCUUUUCCUGGCUGUGCUUGUCUCCAUCUUUAAUCCGUAUAAAAAGGACCUACUGAAGUUACAGAAUAAAGAAAACCCCGCCGUCCACCUCGAGAACCUGACCUCUAAACCACACGUGCCUCGUCACUUCUGCAGCCUUGAAUCGAUGUCUCCUGUGGAGACUCUGGAGGAACGCCUCUUAAUGGACUCCAUUGCUUGGCCUGAAACUCCACUUCUGCCGACUCCUCUUUCAUUGAAUCACACAAGCGAUCCCGCUCACAGCACCUUCACCGUUCUUUCUGAGAGGAGUGGAGGAGAGUGGCAUGUAGGAGACCAGCUGGAGGUUAUGAUACAAAUCAAAGACUUCCAAGGUAACCCUAAGAAGUCUGGAGGAGACGUCUUAGUCGCCUCGUUGCACAAUGCCAAACUCGGAACAGGUGUGGCCGGGCGAGUGGUGGAUCACCUGAACGGCUCCUACUCUGCUGUCUUCACGUUGUUCUGGGAGGGAAGCGCACAGGUUGAGGUGAUGCUCAUUCACCCCAGCGAGGCUGUCACUGUCCUGCACAGACUGACCAGAGAGAAGCCGGAUAGGAUUUUCUUCGAGGGCGUCUUCCGCGCAGGCUCCAUCUCUGAAACCACCAUCUGUAACGUUUGCCUUCGUCAAACCAACCAGCCAGUGUGCAACUUCACCGACCUCCAUACUGGUGACCCGUGGUUUUGCUACAAGCCAAAGAAGCUGAGCUGUGAUACCUGGAUGACCCACACAAAAGCAGGAUUCGACGGAAGACUCAAGGCUAAUGAGGAGAAGCUUUUCCAAAGUAAUGUCAACAUGAAAGUCUCCAUUAAGGCUUCAGGAGCGGCCAGUGUUACCGUGCUACCUCAAAGGAAAGUGCAACCCACGGCCGAUAAAUCCAGUGGGAAGUCUGGACUCUCUGGGUAUUACUACCAGGGUGUGUGGCGACCACUAGGUGGCACCAAAGUCCACCAAUUCAACAACUCCUCUGCCAUCAGCCAGUGUCUGAAAGGAAAGGCGGUCCACCUGUAUGGAGACUCCACCAUCAGGCAGUGGUUUGAGUACCUCGACGCUUCACUGCCAGAUGCUAAGGAGAUAAACCGGAAUAACCCAAAGCAAUUGGGACCUUUCAUGAUAUGGGACAGCGCGAGAAACACCUUGGUGAAGUACCGCUCCCACGGUCCUCCUCUUCGUUUUCCCAACGUCCCAACCAGUGAGAUGCGUUACAUCGCCAACGAACUCGACAAGUUGGUAGGCGGCAGCGGCACAGUAGUAGUCAUUGGCAUCUGGUCCCACUUGAGCACUUUCCCAGUUGAGGUCUACAUCAGGCGGCUUCAGAGCAUCCGCAGGGCGGUGAUUCGUCUGUUGAACAGGGCUCCAGACACGCUGGUGGUCAUCAGGACUGCAAACCUCAAAGCUCUGACACUUUACGAGACGUUGACCAACAGUGACUGGUUCUCGCUUCAGCGGGACAAGGCUAGAACCAUUUUCAAACGAGUUAAUGUUCGACUGGUGGAUGCCUGGGAGAUGACUCUGGCCCACCACCUGCCUCACAGCCUUCACCCACAACCUCCGAUCAUUAAGAAUAUGAUUGAUGUUGUGUUGUCCUACGUGUGCCCUCAAUAGGCCCCAGGACAUGUUGGUGAGAAAGUCUGAGAAAAAUUCAAGCAACAUUAUUCAUCAUGCAUGUCGUCUCUUUGUUCAUUGAAAGUUAUUUUUGAUAGAUAGAUAGAUAGAUAGAUAGAUAGAUAGAUAGAUUAUUGUUGUUUACACUCGUGACAUAGUGUAGACAGCGAGAAAAAUUCAAUAAGAAGUACGGGACACAGUAAACUAAGAUCAAUGGUUCCUAGGAAGGUCUGCAAUGUCAAGUUCAUCCACAGGGCGGUGCGACACGCUGACAGCAGUUGCAAAAAAAAAAAAAAAAAAAAAACUGCCUUGAAAUGACUCCCUCCAAAUCCAAAGGAUGUUUAAACAUGGUGCGUUUUGUGUUUGUCCUUUUAUCACCGCUGACGCACAGGAAGUGAAGAUUGCACUUGUUUCGAUUUAUUAACCAAUAUCUUCUUGUGUUCACGAGUGCCCUGUUUCUUAUUAUUCACUUUUUAUUUUUAUUUUGAUAUACUUUAUUAA